AUGGCAAGGCAACCAAUGUCGAUGGAGGCGAUGCUCGAUGAGGAGCGGAGAGAGGUGCUUGCACUUUUGGAAGGACCUUCGAACCCGCGAGCCAGACCUCCCAGCUCGCUGGAGGCUCGCUCUCCAUCCCCUUACACCCCCCGCUCCCCGGUGCGCAGCAUGCUGGAUAUUGGUGAUGCCCCUCCAUCUCCUACGCUCCUCUCCCCAGCGUCUCCGAAGAGCAUGAGUACUAAGACAGCAUCGGUCCGAGCAGCCCCUGUGAGGAGUAUGCUCGACGUGGACAGCCCGCCGUCGCAGCCUGUUCGAAGCAUGCUGGACGUCGACAGCCCGCCCCCCGCCGCGAAGCAGGUAUUUAGUACGCCAUCAUCGCCAACCGAAUCGAGUUCGCGCGCUGUCGUCAGUACGCACCCCAGGAGCAUGUCGGACGCCUCUGUCAGGCCCGUUGACUUCGGACCGCGGUUGGAACGUACCAGGGUAGUAGACCCGACCACCGAGUACCAGUUUUCCGGAAUCAUCACAAACACUGGGGGCCAAGCCCUCCCCAAACGCGUCACACAGGGCGGCAAGCGGUCGAGCGCUAUGGCCGAGAUCAUGAGAGGCAACGACGUGAGCGGCAUCGUUCUUCCCGGCGACAGGGGGCGUCAUCAUUCAGCAUCCGGACCGUCAAGCCGCCUGGGCAACAAAUCGAAGUCUCCUCAUAAUCGCCUGAGUGUGCGGUCCCACUCCCCUCACGGCCCGCUCUUACGGACCUUAAGCCCCGCCGGACGGGCGGUGCUCAAUGACCCCGAGAUCCUUGACUACAACAAUGCCUACAGGCGCCUUUCGGACGCCGCACUGGCUCGGUCAGGGGGAAGUCUCUCGGAGCUGGGGAGGCGAAAGAGCUCAAACUACGCGCCAGGGAGCGGCAGGCUAGCUAAGGACUACCUGGGCCCGGACGGCGAGGUGUUGGUCGAGGACAGUAGUGAGGACGACGGAAGUUCCUCUGGCGAGGAAGGGCAAGACCGACAACGCGGUAGGAAGGCGGAUCGCAGCUUGGACAACCUCAAGUCAUCGUCUCCAGACGCUCAACGGCAGGUUAAGAGCCUGUUGGCUGCAGCCGAAGAAGAGCGUAUCCAAGUGGCUGCUCAACAACCUGCCUAUCAAUACAAGUCGCUGUUGGACGAGCCAGAAAUCACGGUCACGAACCCGUCUGGCGAACGUGUGAAGCACAGCAAGUCCGUUAUCCACCCGACCACCAGUUUCGACGAUCCGCCAGGGACCGGCACGCACACACCCAUCGACUCGGACACGGAGGCGGAUUUGACCGACAUCAAACGAGCGCAGAAGCUGUCCUUCGCCAUGACACAAAUCAUGGACACUCCCGAGGCCCACCGGACGAUCCAAAUAAUCACGCGGGGCGAGUACGCCAAGCUGGUGCAGGACGCUGAGGAGGAGCACCGCUCACCGCGGAAAUACCUUGUCGCGACGGACCUCAGCGAAGAGUCGACGCACGCGCUGGAAUGGGCUAUCGGCACCGUGCUCCGCGACGGCGACACGCUGCUGGCCAUCUACUGCGUCGACGAAGAGACGGGCAUCGGGGCGGGCGACAAUGCGCAGGUACCCGACGAGCCGCGCGCCAUGAAGGAGCAGGCGGCCGCCAUCAACACGGUCACGGCCAGCACCAAGCUGCCCAUCACACCCAGCGGCACCGCGCUGCCCCUGCACAACCCGCAGCUGCAGUCCAACACCACCAUCGCCAGCACCACCGGCGGUGGACGGUCGCCGCUGCUGACGCCGUCGCAGCCCUCGGAUUCCGCGGGCAGCGGGGCGACGAGCAGCGUGUCGCCUGCGCCCUCGAUGUUCACCAGAGAGCGCAGCAAGGCCGAGGACGACCGGUACACGGCGGUGCAAGCCAUCAGCGACCGCGUGACCAAGCUGCUGCGCAAGACGAGGCUGCAGGUGCGGGUCAUUGUCGAGGUGCUGCACUGCAAGAACCCGAAGCAUUUGAUCACCGAGGUGAUUGACCUGGUGAAUCCGACGCUGGUGAUCCUGGGAAGUCGGGGGAGGAGCGCGUUGAAAGGUGUUAUCCUCGGCUCUUUUUCAAACUAUCUCGUUACUAAGAGCUCCGUGCCAGUCAUGGUGGCGCGGAAACGCCUCAAGAAGCAGGGCAAGUAUAAGCGUGUGCCAUCGACGCACCAGGUCAACAAUAUCCAUAACCCGGCCGCGAGGAGCCUGGCGAAUGCGAAGAUUGAUUAG